AUGGGAUCGAGUUGCGAAUCUGUACGGACGGUGAACUCUUCGUCGGCGUCUACGGUGGUGAUGAGCUCUAUUCCUCCGUUUCUGAGCAAAACUUACGAUAUGGUUGAUGAUCAAUCGACCAACGAGGUGGUUUCAUGGAGCAGUGGGAACAACAGCUUCGUCGUCUGGAACGUGCCUGAGUUUGCGAAACAGUUUCUACCAAAGUAUUUCAAGCACAACAAUUUCUCCAGUUUUGUCAGACAGCUGAAUACUUAUGGUUUCAGAAAAGUUGAUCCAGAUCGCUGGGAAUUUGCAAAUGAGGGAUUUUUAAGAGGCCAAAAACAAUUACUAAAGAGUAUUGUGCGGCGAAAACCUUCUCAAGUGCAGCCUCAACAACAACCUCAAGUUCAGCACUCAUCUGUUGGUGCGUGCACUGAAGUGGGGAAGUUUGGACUCGAAGAAGAAGUGGAUAGACUCCAGCGGGAUAAGAACGUCCUUAUGCAGGAACUUGUAAGGUUAAGGCAGCAACAACAAGUUACCGAACAUCAUCUACAAAACGUGGGACAGAAAGUUCAUGUGAUGGAGCAGAGGCAGCAACAAAUGAUGUCAUUUCUGGCUAAGGCUGUCCAAAGUCCAGGUUUCUUGAACCAGUUUGCGCAGCAGAAUAAUGAGGCAAACCAGAACAUUUCUGAAAGCAACAAAAAGAGGAGGCUACCUGUUGAGGACCAGAUGAAUUCUGGAAGUCACGGGGUUAAUGGUCUUAGCCGCCAGAUCGUGAGAUAUCAGUCAUCGAUGAAUGAAGCAACAAACACUAUGCUACAACAGAUACAAAAUAUGAGUGACUCACAUAGCCAGCAUCAAACCCUAUCCAACAAUCAUGGUAGCUUUCUUUUGGGCGAUGUUCCAAAUCCUAACCUUUCAGACAAUGGGAGCUCCUCAAAUGGUGCAUCUGGAGUUACAUUGGCAGAUGUUUCAUCCAAUCCUGCACGCUCACAUCCUUCAAUGGAGUAUCACGACCCUUGUGAAACAAAUCAUGUCCUGGAGACCAAUUUACCUUAUUCUCAAGGUGAUCUCUUAGCUCCAAAGCAAGGAGUAGCAGUAGAAGCAGCUUAUGGGAGCCCGAACUCGGAUCUAGUUGGGUGCGAGGCAGAUAAUGGAGAGUGUUUGGAUCCAAUAAUGGCUGUUUUGGAUGGCUCAGUGGAACUAGAACCCAAUGCCAUAAACGAGUUGAUUCCUGGAGUCCAAGAUACCUUUUGGGAACAGUUCCUUGGCGAGAGCCCAGUGAUUGGUGACACCGAUGAGCUAAUCUCAGGAUCAGUGGAAAAUAAUCUGAUAAUGGAGCAGCUAGAGUUACAAUCCAACCUGGGGAAUGUGUGGAGCAAGAAUCAACAAAUGAACCAUCUUACUGAACAGAUGGGACUUCUCACAUCUGACGCGCUAAUAAGGAAAUGA